GAAAUUAUUUCACACGUAACCCCUCGCCUCCAAAAAACCCCAUUCCCUUCCACCCCCACCGCGGCGCCGAGCAAGCCUGGCGCCGCCCCCGCCGCCGCAGCAGCAGUACGACGGGAUGGCGUCGGCUCCGGAACCGGAGGACGGGAGGGAGCUCUACGCGCUGCUCCACCUCUCGCCGGACGCCUCGGACGAGGAAAUCCGCAGGGCGUACCGCCAGUUCGCGCAAAUCUACCACCCUGACAAGUAUCAGGACCCCCAGAUGAAGGAUGUAGCAACUGAAAACUUCCAACGAAUAUGUGAUGCAUAUGAGAUACUAUCAGAUGAGAACAAAAGACAGAUCUACGACAUCUAUGGUAUGGAAGGUUUAACUUCUGGUCUGGAACUUGGCCCCAAGCUAAAUAAACCAGAGGAAAUCAAAGAACAGCUGGAACGGCUGCGACGGCGUAAAGAGGAGGAGAAACUUUUCACCCAUGCUCGAUCCACUGGCUCAAUCAUUGCUAAUUUUUCAAUACCACAAUAUUUAGAUGGUGAUGGCAUCAUGAGAGGAAUGGGGAUGUCUAGUGAAGUGCAGUUGCCAGUGUCCAAGCAAAAUACUGUCGUUAUUGGUGGGAAUUUGGCUGUCAAUGGUUCAGCGGGAACUGGAGCAGCAAGCGCUGUGCUCCAGCAUCAGUUGUCUUCUGUUUCCUCUAUUGAGUUUAUGGCAACAGCUGGACUGCGUUCUGUUAUUGGCAUGCAGACAUUUCGUCAAAUUUCACCACAUUCUACAGCAACUUCUGGACUUGCUAUAUCUUUGAGAGAUGGAUCUAUCAACCUGUCAAAUGCCUGGACUCGCCAACUAACUGAAAAUGGAGUUGGGAAUAUCCAGCUAGUCCUUGGUACUGAAUCAAGUAUUUCUGUUGGAUGGCAAAAGAAGGAUGAAAAAAGUUCUGCAGCAGGAGAAGUAAAGUUUGGAACUAAUUCUUUUGGUGCAUCUGCUCAUUAUACCCAUCGUCUCUCCUCCAAGUCUCAUGGUCGCAUUGCUGGUAGAGUUGGAAGCAUGGCCCUUGAUUUUGAAAUUGGAGGAGGGAGGCAGAUAUCAGAAUUUAGUACUGUAAGGAUGAUGUAUAAUAUAGGAAUCCAGGGUGUCUCUUGGAGAUUUGAGUUGCAUCGUGCUGGUCAAAAAUUAGUUAUCCCUGUCUUGCUUUCAACUGAUUUGAAUGCGUUAUUUGUUACCAGUGCAUUUGCUAUUCCUUCAACACUAUAUUUUCUACUUCAGACAUAUGUUGUAAAGCCUUAUUACCUUAAGCGGGAAACGCAGAAGACACUUGAAAAUAUGGAAGGCUUAUCUACACAGCUAAGUGAAGCCAGAAAAGCAGCUAAAAAAGCACAGAAAUUGCUGGAACCUGUCUCCAAUCGUAAGAAGAAUAGACAGCUGGAGAACGGCAGAUUGGUAAUUACAAAGGCUCUGUAUGGUAGUUGCAAAAAAAUCAAAGAGAGCAGUGAAUUGAAUGAGAUAAAUGAUGAUGUGGCUUCACAAGUAUUAGAUGUGACGGUCCCACUGAACUUCCUUGUCACUGAGGCAGGUCAGCUCAAGCUUCACGAGGGGAUAAAGAAGUCUGGUAUAAUGGGCUUCUACGAUCCUUGUCCUGGAGAUCCGAAGCUAUUACUUGUUGAAUAUACAUUUCAUGGUCGGAAAUACAAGGUCAUGGGGGAUGACUAUGAGGCACUGUUGAUACCGCAAGACGUUCAUCAAUUUUAACCAGUUACUGAUGUAAAGCAGCAUCAAAAUGAUUUUGAGUCGCCAUAGCUCUCUUCUCAUAUUUUUCUUUUGUGUUGAUGAGAUAUCUCUGUUUUUUUCCCCCAUAUGAUUCCUUUAUGCGGCCGUAUGUAGUAUACAAGCUUGGAUUUGUACCACCUAGACAGUUCAUUUGAGGGCCAUACAUACCCCCAACAGCUAAUAAGUUACGGUCAAUCAAAAGUUUACGACCUCAGUGCAGUCUUCACUGGACAAAACAUGGCUUCAGAAUGAUUUGACUGGCGAAGGUGCAGCUGGAUCUUGUGCCCUUGUCACCUGCAUUUUGACCAUCUCUCUCAGCACUAGCACCAGCUGGUCUCGCAAUAAAAGAAAGAUUAAGCACAUGCA